AUGAGUAAUGAAAAGAAAACCGCAAUUGGUCUACGGGAAAGGUUGCUGAGCGCUGUUGCGGGUUCACUGCUAACAUCACUGAUAUUAACACCAAUGGAUGUGGUAAGAAUACGACUUCAGCAACAACAGAUGUUGUAUGAUUGCGUCUGCGAUACGGAGGGGACUCCUCUGGCUAAAAUGGGGCCUGGAAAGGGUCUUUUCUGGCAAGAUUCUUGCUUUCAAGAUGUGAGUUGCAAGACGGGACCAGUAAAAUACAAUAGCACCUGGGAUGCGUUUGGGAAAAUAGCAAAAAUGGAAGGCAUAACUAGUCUUUGGAGAGGCAUAUCGAUCACCUUAUUGAUGGCUGCACCGGCCAAUAUGGUAUAUUUCAUUGGGUACGAAACUCUGCGAGAUAAGACGCAGCUGCAAGAUACGUAUCCAGUGUUGAAUCCACUUAUUUGCGGUGCUGCGGCUCGAGUUUUGGCCGCCACCGUUGUGGCACCUUUGGAACUAAUACGAACACGUCUUCAAAGCAUUCCAAGGUCGAAUUCCAAUAGCACAGCGGCCAUGAUGAUUAAAGAUUUGAUUAAAGAGUCUCGACUGGAGUUUUCAAAAAUUGGAUAUAAAGCUUUGUUCAAAGGUUUAGAAAUAACGCUUUGGCGGGACGUUCCCUUUAGCGCUAUUUACUGGGGUAGCUACGAAUUUUACAGAAAGAGAUCGGUAAACUACAUGAAUACUGUCUCUUCGAAUAAUCACUGGAAUCACUUCAUCGACAGUUUCAUUGGAGGAAGUAUUAGUGGUACCAUAGCCGCGAUUUUGACCCAUCCGUUCGACGUGGGUAAAACUCGGAUGCAAAUCCGUUUUUCCAUGAACAAUUUGAAUUCCUCGCAUCCUUCAAAAAACAUGUUCAGGUAUCUAGACGAGAUACGAAAAAAUGAAGGUAUUGUCGCAUUGUACACAGGUCUCUUACCAAGACUCAUAAAAGUCGCACCUAGUUGUGCCAUUAUGAUAUCAACUUACGAAGUUUGCAAGCUUCUGUUCAGCACUUAG